UAUCAAAGGGUCCAAAACAACAUCUCCACCAUGAAGUUUCUGAUUGUCUUGACCGCUAUUUUGGCCAUGUCGGCUGCUGAGCUCCAGCUGUCCGAUGAGCAGAAGGCGGUGGUCCAUGCCAAUGGAGCCCUUUGUGCCCAGCAGGAGGGAAUCACCAAGGACCAAGCGCUCGCCCUGCGAAAUGGAAAAUUCGAUGACACCGAUGCCAAGGUCAAGUGCUUCGCCAACUGCUUCCUGGAAAAGGCCGGAUUCCUGAUCGACGGAAAGGUGCAGCCCGAUGUCGUCCUGGCCAAGUUGGGUCCGCUGGCUGGCGAGGACAAAGUGAAGGCCGUUCAGGCCAAGUGCGACUCCAUCACGGGAUCCGAUAAGUGCGAUACCGCCUAUCAGCUCUUCCAGUGCUACCACAACAACCGCGCCCAAAUCUAAGCGCACAACUGCGAGUCUAUAAUGUGAUAUUACCUGUCUGUGAAUUGUUACUAACCCUGUUUUAAUUAAUCACAAGCAAUGAGAAUACAAUGUUAAGAAAUGUAUAUCUUGAAAAUCCCCA